CAGUCGCCAUAGCAACCCUGGCACUGGCGCGUGCCCUUUGCAAGAAAGUCUGCUGCAACAGCUCGUUAUGCGGUAUCCUCUAAGCCUCGACCAGCAGUAUUCCCAAGCCUGCAAAGAGCUGAAGCAGCCGGAGAAUCCGUUCAUAUUCCACAUUUUUCAAGAAGUGAACCUAGAUGAUGACAUACUGACCAAAGAAAUCACUAUAAAGAUAGCUGGAAAUAACCGAUUGAUUCCGGUGGUGAAGGUUAUAGAUGGGGACUUCCAAGUACUGGCGGCUGUCUUUUCGAAAAACGUGUUUCUUACAGGACUGGACCUGAGGUACAACCUGUUAACGGAUGCUGCCGCAGCCCACAUAGCUGCCUUCCUUCAGGAUAAUCGUACCCUACGUUACCUCAACCUGAUGUUUAAUGACAUUGGUACUGCUGGAGCAGAAUUCAUAGCUAAAGCACUGCAUAGGAAUGAAACUCUGACACACCUAAGAAUGACAGGCAACAAGAUCGACAACAAAGGGGGGAUGCACUUUGCAGCGAUGAUGCAGAUCAACACGACCCUGCAGAAGUUAGACCUCGGAGACUGUGAUCUGGGAACACAGAGUCUGAUCGCACUCGCAACAGUUUUGAAUCACAACAAAUCUAUCAGAGCCAUAAACCUGAACCGGCCGAUACUGUACAGUGAAGAGGAAGAAUCCACAGUCCACCUGGCCCUGAUGUUGAGAGUCAACAGCACUCUCCUCGAGCUGCAUUUGUGUAAGCACGAAAUGAAGAAUUUUGGCAUCGAACGGUUGUGUGACGCACUGUAUGAAAACUGCAGCUUGCGAUAUCUUGACCUGAGCUGUAACAAAAUUACGCGAGACGGAGUUGGAUUUCUGGGGAAGCUGUUAAAACGGAACAAUACCCUGGAAAUCCUGGAUCUCAGUUUUAACAGGAUAGAAGACGACGGUGCUUUCUACCUUAGUGAGGCGCUAGCUUGGCACAACCGGACCCUUCAAGCGUUAUCAGUGACGAGCAACAACAUAACUGGGCAAGGACUGGUGGCGCUUUCAGAGGCAAUGAAAAUAAGCGAAGUACUUUCCUAUAUCUACAUUUGGGGAAACAAGAUUGAUGAACCUACGUGCGUGGCCUUUGCAGACCUACUUGAAAGUGGCCGCCUGAAGCCGACCAACACAGAUGUUGAACCCUAUGUAGUGGAUGGGCGCACAUACCUCGCUGAACUUUCCCAUGGCCUCAAGAGACAUUACUAUUGGACACCAAGCUACGGAGAGCCUGAUAACAAGGAUGCCAAUGCCUCUCUAGCUAUAAAACCUGUUGCAGAGCAUUUGUGAAUCAUCUUACAGGUCUCUACAUGUGAGAUUGUCAGAAUUUGGGUCUCCCUUUAAGGCAAUUGCAUGUAGUUCCCUGGAAGAGUUCAUUUUUGCAGAUGAAAAACCUGGAUGGAUUAUAAUCACUCCAUUGAUCCACAAUCCUGUGAUCAAAGUCUGAGUUAGUUGCAGUUAGUCUUAAACCAGAUCCCUUGAAACCAACGGGACUAGAGUAAUGACUAUAUUACUUUGUCGCUUUCUUUGGCUCUUUAAGCGUGACUAAUUUCAGCUAUAUAAAAAGCAUACGGUGAAAUCCUAAACGAUUAGGAUUUCACUGUUAAUAUAGUAAGAUAUAAUGCCUUAAUACAAAGCACUCCUUAUAAUAACUAUUUUCAAAGUAGGAUUGUAGUGUGUUAGAAAUAAGUGCAACUAAA